AUGGACACCAAGGGCAUGAGGAGCUACCUCUACUGGCUGUUCUGCCAGUUUGAACUCAUCACCUGCAGCUACCUGAUGGAGCCCUGGGAAAAAGUGCUCUUUUACACCUUCAACGUGGCCAUGCUGCUGACGCUGCUCUACACCACCUAUGCCUUCGUGCCUGGCCACCUCGGCACCGCUCUCCAGUCCUUCCUGCAGCUCUUUGGAAGCCAACAGGACAACCAGCAUGUGCCUGUGGUGAAGUAACACU